AUGAAUACUGAAGGAAAAGAAAGCAUCGUGAAGCCAGCUUAUUCACACACAAGCUCAAAUAACGAAAAUGUGCGUGCCUUUUACGAUGCAAAUGCCGUUUCUUCUUCAAACGUUUCCCUCGAGACACGAAGUCGAUCUCGCAUAUAUUUUUUGCGAAAUCUCAACAACUGGGUCAAAAGUACCGUCAUUAUUGAAUUCUUGGAAAAAAUACGGAGGAACAGAAAGGAUGGAAACGUUCGUGUCCUCGACUUUUGCUGUGGAAAAGGGGGAGAUCAAAUGAAGUGGUUGAAAGGUGGUGUUAGUCAUGUCACAUUUGUGGACAUUUCUUCCGCGUCAAUUGAUGUUUGCAAGGACAGAUACUAUACUUUAAAAGCAAGGAAUAAACACCGGCCAAUUUUUUCAGCCGAAUUUAUUGUGCACGACUGCGCAACCCCCAUCGAUUUUGCGGGAAAAUUCGACCUAAUCAGUUGUCAAUUUGCUCUGCAUUAUGCCUUUGAGAGUUAUUCGCAGGUGAGUCUAAAUUCAUAUGAAGGUCCCACUGUUUUUUCUCUAGUUUUCGUAAUAAUGCCCGCUGCGCGUUCAAUGCUUCAGAACGUUAGUUCGGCGCUCAACGAAAAUGGGUUUUUCAUUGCCACGCUCCCAAAUGCCUACGAGUUGGUUCGUCGUUAUAAUCAAGUUAAAACGUCUGCAGAAGACCCCGUUACAUUUGGAAACUCGGUGUACUCCAUUAAAUUUAAAGACCAUGGCUCUACUCAUGAUCCUAAUAAAUUACCCCUCUUCGGUGCCGGUUACACAUUCCAACUUGAGGGUGUCGUCGAUUGCCCUGAAUAUCUUGUUCAUCCCUCCUUACUGAAGGCGAUGGCCGCCGAAGUCAAUUUGAGCCAUUUAGUUGGUCCCCUACCCUUUCCGAAACAUUUAAAAGAUGAGACACAACGCAACCAGGCAUCUGUUCGUCUCCUUUCUGUUAUGGAUGCCCUGGAGACGUGGACUGCUCCCUCAAACGUUGAGUUAUGUCAUUCUGAUCAUCGUAUUCGUACAAAUGAUGGCUAUAGAAAGGAUAUAGGUCAUACCCAUCGUUCACCCUCGCGCGAUAGAAGUCCAAUAGGACGGCGACCACGUGAUGCAACUUCUGAUCGCUCCGAUGAACUUUCACCUAAUUGUGGUUCCGUGGAACAUUCAACGCGUGAUUCUCACCCCUCUUCGAAUUAUCAAAGCUGCCGGCGUGGAUACAGCCCAGAUAAUAGGCAAUCUUUUAAUGACCAUCACAGUAAGCACUCUCAUUAUUCUCAGGACCGAAACCGUGAUGGAGAACCCCAACGUCAAGCCGAUCUUAGGGAUCCUAUCCGGUCCUCUCGUGAUAGAAGUCCAAUAGGUUGGCGAUCGCGUGACGCACCUUCAGAUCGCUGUCAGGACCUUUCGCCAAAUCGCGAUUCCAUGGGGUAUUCAUUUCAUGGUUCUCACACCUCUGCUGACCGUCAAAACUGUCCGCGUGGAUAUAGCCCGGACAACAGGCAAUCUUCUAAUGACAAUCACCGUAAGUCCUCACAUUCCUCUCAGGAUCGGAACCGUGAUGGAGAACCCCAGUGGCAAGCUGACCGCAGGGAUUCUGCCUGGCGUCCGAAUGGCCGUCCCAAUGCUCGUGAUGAUAAUCGUCAGUUUAAUACUUAUAACUCACCUGCUUCAUCUAACCAUUUGCCUCUGGCUGGUUCUUCAGAGAUUGGUGCCUAUCGCCAUGUUGAAGAAGCAGUCAAAAAACGCCCGGCGAUCACCAAUCAGCUAAUCGGCACGAUCUCCUAUCCUGAAUGGGAAGUGUUCAGUCUCUAUUGUAUAUUUGCAUUCCAGAAAACAAAAGCGUGA